UGAGGCCGGGAGGUGGGGCUCAGUUGUGUGUGGAAGGGGCCCGGGGGGUUGUCGCCGCUUUCGCGGCGUCGGACGCGUGGAGCAGCUGACGGAGUCCUAGGGUGCAGUGUUUGCCGCUGCCAUGAGCUACACAGGCUUUGUCCAGGGAUCUGAAACCACAUUGCAGUCGACAUACUCAGACACAAGCGCUCAGCCCACCUGUGAUUAUGGAUAUGGAACUUGGAAUUCUGGGACAAACAGAGGCUACGAGAACUAUGGUUAUGGCUAUGGCUAUGGCCAGGAUAACACCACCAACUAUGGGUAUGGUAUGGCCACUUCAAACUCUUGGGAAAUGCCUAGCUCUGACACAAAUGCAAACCCUAGUGCCAUGGGUAGUGCCAGUGCUGAUUCCGUUUUGUCCAGAAUUAACCAACGCUUAGAUAUGGUGCCGCACUUGGAGACAGACAUGAUACAAGGAGGCAUGUACGGCUCAGGUGGAGAAAGAUAUGAUUCCUACGAGGCCUGUGACUCAAGGGCCGUCCUGAGUGAGCGUGAACUGUACCGGUCGGGCUAUGACUACGGCGAGCUUGACCCUGAGAUGGAAAUGGCCUACGAGGGCCAGUACGAUGCCUACCGCGACCAGUUCCGCAUGCGUGGCGGCGACACCUUUGGCCCACGGGCUCAGGGCUGGGCCCGGGACUCCCGGAGUGGCCGACCGAUGGCCUCGGGCUAUGGGCGCAUGUGGGAAGACCCCAUGGGGGCCCGGGGCCAGUGCAUGCCUGGUGCCUCCCGGCUGCCCUCCCUCUUCUCCCAGAACAUCAUCCCUGAGUACGGCAUGUUCCAGGGCAUGCGUGGCGGGGGCACCUUCCCGGGUGGCUCCCGCUUUGGCUUUGGGUUUGGCAAUGGCAUGAAGCAGGUGAGGCGGACCUGGAAGACCUGGACCACGGCUGACUUUCGGACCAAGAAAAAGAAGAGAAAGCAAAGUGGCAGUCCUGACGAGCCAGACAGCAAAGCCACCCGGACGGACUGCUCUGAUAACAGUGAUUCAGACAAUGAUGAGGGCACCGAGGGGGAAGCUGCAGAGGGCACUGAAGGCGGUGAGGCUGUGGAGAAAGGCUCCAGAGCAGAAGGAGAAGACGAAGAGGGAAAAGAGGAAGGGAAGGAAGAAGGCAAAGAGGAUGCAGAGAAGGGGUCCCUGAGCACCCAGGAUGAGAGUGGCCAGACCAAGCGCAAGUUGCUGGCUGGCAAAAAGAGCCAGGACAAGCAGAAAAAGCGGCAGCGAGACCGCAUGGUGGAAAGGAUCCAGUUUGUGUGUUCUCUCUGCAAAUACCGGACCUUUUACGAGGAUGAGAUGGCCAGCCACCUCGAUAGCAAGUUUCACAAGGAACACUUUAAGUACGUAGGCACCAAGCUCCCGAAGCAGACGGCUGACUUUCUGCAGGAGUACGUCACCAACAAGACCAAGAAGACAGAGGAGCUCCGAAAAACCGUGGAGGACCUUGAUGGUCUGAUCCAGCAGAUCUACAGAGACCAAGAUCUGACCCAAGAAAUUGCCAUGGAACAUUUUGUGAAGAAGGUAGAGGCAGCCCAUUGUGCAGCCUGUGACCUCUUCAUUCCCAUGCAGUUUGGGAUCAUUCAGAAGCACCUCAAAACCAUGGAUCACAACCGGAACCGCAGGCUCAUGAUGGAGCAGUCUAAGAAGUCCUCGCUCAUGGUGGCUCGUAGUAUCCUUAACAACAAGUUAAUCAGCAAGAAGCUGGAACGUUAUCUGAAGGGCGAGAACCCUUUCACCGACAACCCAGAGGAGGAGAAGGAACAGGAGGAGGCCGAGGGCAGUGCGCUGGAUGAGGGGACGCUGGUCGAAGCCGCAGGGGUCACGGAGGGUGCAGAGGGCGCGCCGGCGCAGCCCCCCGUGCCCCCGGAGCCGGCCCCCGGGGCCGCGUCCCCACCCCCACCGCCGCCCCCGGAGGAGGACGGGGAGGAGCCCGUGCCCCUACUGGGCGGGGCGCUGGAGCGCCAGAUCCGAGGCAUCCCAGGCCUCGACGUGGAGGCUGAUGACGACGAGGAGGGCGGAGGGGGCGCUCCAUGACCCUGGUCCGGGGCGGGCAGGGCCCGCGUGCCCGAGGCUGGAAACCGAGUCUAAUAAAGUUCUUUCCAUCC